AUGACCGAUGAGCUUGAUGCGUGGACCACGCGCAAUCUCAAGAAUUCGGUCAGGGUCAUGACGUCUACCGCUUCAGUCGGUCUCUUACAAUCGUUUCUCAGUGUCUUACGUUCGUUUGGCCCUCUGCCUACAUACCUCAAGCGGAUUGAGAUCGGUAUCACCUACAGCAAUGCGAUAUGCUGUGACUGCUGCUCCGAAGGUACCGUGCCUGCCGGUUUUCACGCGAACACCGAUGUCGAACGCCAGACCGACGCGGCCGCUGCCCGCCAAGCUCUCUGCACAUUACUGCUGGAUACUAAGAUUGGCGCACUCGUAUUGCGCUUCGUCAAUACAUCCGGUCAGCCGUGUUCCCCCGCCGGCGCAUUUCUCAACUGCAAACUUUCCUCACUCAAGGCCAAUACCACAAUUUUGACCUCGUCGGACAACGAAGAUCUACCGUACAGCAUAUUCGCGAUGAUGGAACAAGAUGAACAUGAGAUCGACGGUGAUGGUGAGGUCUGGGAGGUGGUAAAGGCGCGGCUGGGGGCGUUGGCGGAUACGCCCAACGCACUUUCCCAUUUGACGGAUAUCUUCGCGGGGCGCCGGCUGCUGGUCGAGUCAGACGAGAACCGCUUGCUCCACACGACACUCGUGACACCCACAUCUGCGAACGUCACGCAGAGUAUGGUCGACGUCGCCUUCCACGGCAGCGCCGAUCGCUUCUCCCGCUCCUUCGCUUCAUCCACCCGUUCCAACAAUGCUGCUCCUCCUCCAAAGGCCACCCCAGCUCCAGCCGGAAUACCUUACGCGAACCUAACCGUCGGUGUACCUCGCGAGACGUACCCCUCCGAGAGACGCGUCGCAGUUUCGCCGACGGGCGUGCAGACCCUCCUGAAGAAGGGCUUCUCCCGCGUCCUCGUCUCGCCUGGUGCCGGAGUCGAGGCGUCAUUCCGGGACGAAGACUAUGUACGCGCAGGCGCUACGCUCUCAGACAAUCCGAUCGCCGAAGCCGACAUCGUACUCAAAGUCCGACCUCCCUCGGCCGAUAAUGCGGAGAUCACGGGCAUGAAGGAGGGGUCUACUCUGAUCUCGUUCCUCUACCCCGCCCAGAACAAGAGCCUCGUCUCGGCGCUUCAAGAGCGGGGCGUCACAUCCUUCGCGAUGGACCAGAUCCCUCGGAUAUCUCGGGCACAGGUCUUCGACGCGCUCUCGUCCAUGGCCAAUACUGCCGGAUAUCGAGCGGUCCUCGAGGCGUCCAACAAUUUUGGCCGUUUCCUCACCGGCCAGAUUACAGCGGCGGGGAAGAUCCCACCGGGGAGGGUUCUGGUAAUCGGUGCUGGAGUCGCGGGACUCAGUGCCAUCACCACGGCAAAGCGGAUGGGAGCGAUUGUGAGGGGAUUUGAUACCCGGCCGGCCGCCAAGGAACAGGUGGAGAGUCUUGGCGCGGAGUUUUUAACAGUGGAGAUGGAGGAGGAUGGAAGUGGGGCUGGAGGGUACGCGAAGGAGAUGAGUAAGGAAUUCAUAGACGCAGAGAUGGCUCUCCUCUUGCAGCAGAGUAAAGAAGUGGACAUCAUCAUCACCACAGCACUCAUACCUGGCCGGCCCGCACCCAAGCUCAUUCUGAAAUCGCACGUCGAGGCGAUGAAGCCUGGAUCCGUCAUUGUCGAUCUUGCGGCAGAAGCUGGCGGAAACUGCGAGCUGACUGUUCCCGGCGAGAAGGUCGUUCACAACGGUGUGACCAUCUUGGGCUAUACAGAUCUUCCGUCCCGGCUUCCCACUCAGUCCAGUACACUCUAUUCUAACAAUAUCACCAAGUUCCUACUAUCUAUCGGCGAUCAGAACCGAUUCAAUAUCAACCUAGAAGACGAAGUCGUCCGCCGGUCCAUCGUUACCCACAAGGGGGAUAUGAUGUGGCCUGCGCCCGCUGCGCCCGUCUCAGCCAUCCCUGCAGCUCCAGCCAUGUCUGCGCCGCCAUCGAAGAAAGAAGAGGCUGUCAAAGCUCCACUGACGCCCUGGCAAGACUCGGUCCGCUCGGUCUCGCUCACGACAGCCGGCAUGGGCUCUGCGCUGGCCCUCGGGAAGCUCACCGCACCGGCCUUUAUGAACCUCUUCACGGUAUUGGGUCUGGCUGGAAUAGUCGGAUUCAGAGCAGUCUGGAGUGUUUCUCCGGCUCUCCACUCGCCCUUGAUGUCUGUGACCAACGCGCUCUCUGGUCUUGUCGGGGUUGGUGGUCUCUUUGUCAUGGGCGGGGGAUACGUACCGCACACGAUCCCGCAAUUCUUAGGCGCAGCUAGCGUGUUCCUCGCCAACCUGAACAUCUUUGGCGGCUUUCUCAUCACCAAGCGCAUGCUCGACCUCUUCCGCCGACCGACAGACCCGCCAGAGUACUCGUACCUUUACGCCAUCCCCGCCGCGCUCUUUACUGGCGCAUUCGUCUGGGCGGCUAGCUCUGGGUUGGGCGGUAUGGUCCAAGCUGGAUACUUUAUCAGUACCAUGCUAAGUAUCGGUGCAUUGACUGGUUUAGCUUCUCAGACCACAGCACGCGUCGGCAACUCCCUCGGUAUCCUCGGCGUCUUUGUCGGUGUCCUCGCAACGCUCCUCGCUGUCGGAUUCACUCAAGAGCAGAUGGUACAAUGCGGCGCAGUCAUCGCACUCGGAGGCGGACUCGGGCUGGCUAUCGGUCGGCGUGUCAGUCCAAUGCAGCUCCCGCAGACUGUCGCAGCGCUGCACUCGGUCGUCGGGCUCGCGGCGGUCAUGACGUCUGCUGCGAGCGUCCUGGGGGCAUAUGAUGGCAAUCACGGAAAGGCGGAAGAUGGGCAUGGAGGUGGUGGGCAGGGCGCGGAGGUGGUUGAGGAAGGAAAAGGGCAUGGGCUGGGAGGUCUGCAUUUGACUACGGCUUACCUUGGAGUCUUAAUUGGCGGCAUCACCUUUACGGGAUCCAUCCUUGCCUUCCUCAAGCUGGCCGGCCGAAUGUCCUCCCGCCCCCUCGUCCUUCCAGGUCGACAUUACAUAAAUGGCGGUCUGCUCGCGGCCAAUAUUGGCUGCAUGGCCGGCUUCAUCACCAUGGCGCCAACCGCACCUGUCAUUGGCGCUUCACUCCUAGCCGCCAAUGCCGCCCUGUCAUUCGCUAAAGGCUGGACGACAUCAGCUGCGAUCGGAGGAGCGGACAUGCCGGUGCUGGUCACCGUACUGAACGCGUAUUCUGGAUUUGCGCUUGUCGCGGAGGGGUUCAUGCUGGACAAUCUGUUGUUGACUAGUGUGGGGAGUCUGAUUGCGGCGAGUGGGAGUAUCUUGUCUUAUGUCAUGUGCCGGGCCAUGAAUAGAUCUCUAACAAACGUCAUCUUUGGUGGUAUCGCUCAAACCGCCGCUGCGGACGCAGAUAAAACUAAGGGGUUGUCAGUCGCGCGAACAACAAUUGAAGACGUUGUCGAGCAGCUCAGCCAAGCCGAGAAUGUCAUCAUCGUACCUGGGUACGGUAUGGCAGUCGCCAAAGCCCAGUAUGCUAUCAGCGAGAUGAUCUCCACUCUUCGAUCCAAGGGUAUUAAUUGCCGCUUCGGUAUUCACCCCGUCGCUGGGCGUAUGCCGGGGCAGUGCAAUGUCCUCCUAGCGGAAGCUGGAGUGCCCUACGAUGUGGUUCUUGAGAUGGACGAGAUCAACUCCGACUUUAGCACAACUGACCUCGUGCUCGUCAUUGGCGCCAACGAUACCGUCAACCCCAUAGCCCUGGAGGCUGGAUCAGCGAUCGCAGGUAUGCCGGUGCUUGAGGUCUGGAAGGCGAGGGGAGUGGUUGUAAUGAAGAGGGGUAUGGCGGCCGGUUACGCGGAGGUCCCAAACCCGCUCUUCUACUACCAGAAUACCAAGAUGCUGUUCGGAGACGCGAAGGGGACUUGCGAAGCCCUCAGCGCGGGUCUGAAGGCGAUGAAGAACGAUUAA